UUCAUGUCAUACCAUGUGUCACAAUUUCAUUUUUAAGGCUGAAUAAUACUCUGUUAUAUGUGUAUACCACAUUUUGUUCAUUCAUCUAUCAAUAGAUAUUUGGGAUGUUUCCACCUUUUGACUAUUUGAAUAAUACUGCAGUGAGCACGGGAGAGCAAGUGUAUGUUCAGAUGCCUGCUUUCUGUUAUUCUGGGUAUAUAUCCAGAAGCGAAAUUGCUGGAUCCUAUGGUAGUUCUGUUUAAUGACUGUUUUCCAUAGUGGCUGCACCAUUUCACAUUCCCACUAAUAAUAAACAAGAGCUCCAAGUUCCCCACAUCCUCACCAGUGCUUAUUUCUCUCUUUCUUUCCUCCCUUCCUUUCUCCCUCCCUCCCUCUCCUCCUCGCUGAUGGCCAUCGUACUAGAUAUGAAGUGGCAUCUUAGAGUUUUCAUUUGCAUCUUUGAUAUUAGUGAUGUUUAAUGUCUCUUUAUUUGCUUGUUGGCUAUUUUAAUGUCAUUGUUGGAGAAAUGUCUAUGCAAACACCUUACUCAACACUCCCCCACUACAAGAAAAAUUUUAAAGAAUGUCUUUCAAGCAGCAGGAAAAUGAAAAAGAUGAACAAAGAAGAAAGCAGAAAUGGUCAUUACUUGGCUUCUCUCCAAGAUAAAAUGGCAAACCCCAAAGAGAAAACUCCAAUGUGUCUGGUAAAUGAGUUAGCCCGUUUCAAUAGAGUCCAACCCCAGUAUAAACUUCUGAAAGAAAGAGGGCCUGCUCAUUCGAAGAUGUUCUCAGUGCAACUGAGUCUUGGGGAGCAGACAUGGGAAUCCGAAGGGAGCAGUAUAAAGAAGGCCCAGCAAGCCGUCGCUAACAAAGCUUUGACGGAAUCCACGCUCCCCAAACCAGUUCAGAAGCCACCCAAGAGCAAUGUUAAUAAUAACCCAGGUAGUAUAACUCCAACUGUGGAACUGAAUGGGCUUGCUAUGAAAAGGGGAGAGCCUGCCAUCUACAGGCCAUUAGACCCAAAGCCUUUCCCCAAUUAUAGAGCUAAUUACAACUUUCGGGGCAUGUACAAUCAGAGGUAUCAUUGCCCAGUGCCCAAGAUCUUUUAUGUUCAGCUGACUGUAGGAAAUAAUGAAUUUUUUGGGGAAGGGAAGACUCGACAAGCCGCUAGACACAAUGCCGCGAUGAAAGCCCUUCAAGCACUGCAGAAUGAACCUAUUCCAGAAAAAUCAGCUCAGAAUUGCGAAUCAGGAAAAGAAAUGGAUGAUGACAAAGAUGCAAAUAAGUCUGAGAUCAGCUUAGUGUUUGAAAUUGCUCUGAAGAGAAAUAUGCCCGUCAGUUUUGAGGUUAUUAAAGAAAGUGGACCACCACACAUGAAAAGCUUUGUGACCCGGGUGUCAGUGGGAGAGUUCUCCGCUGAAGGAGAGGGAAAUAGCAAAAAACUCUCCAAGAAGCGUGCUGCAACCACUGUGCUACAGGAGCUUAAGAAACUUCCGCCUCUGCCUGUGGUUGAAAAGCCAAAACUAUUUUUUAAAAAACGCCCUAAAACAAUAGUAAAGGCUGGACCAGAAUAUGGUCAAGGAAUGAACCCCAUUAGCCGCCUGGCUCAGAUUCAACAGGCCAAAAAGGAAAAGGAGCCAGAUUACGUUUUGCUUUCAGAAAGAGGAAUGCCUCGACGUCGGGAAUUUGUGAUGCAGGUCAAGGUAGGCAAUGAAGUUGCUACUGGAACAGGACCUAAUAAAAAGAUAGCCAAAAAAAAUGCUGCAGAAGCUAUGCUGUUACAGCUUGGUUAUAAAGCGUCCACUAGUCUUCAAGAUCAGCUUGACAAGACAGGGGAAAACAAAGGAUGGAGUGGUCCAAAGGCUGGGUUUCCUGAACCAACAAGUAACACUCCAAAAGGAAUUCUUCAUUUGUCUCCUGAUGUUUAUCAAGAGAUGGAAGCCAGCCGCCACAAAGUAAUCUCUGGCACGACUCUAGGCUAUUUGUCACCCAAAGAUAUGAACCAACCCUCGAGCUCUUUCUUCAGUAUAUCUCCCACAUCGAGUAGUUCAGCUACAAUUGCCAGGGAACUCCUUAUGAACGGAACAUCUUCUACAGCUGAAGCCAUAGGUUUAAAAGGAAGUUCUCCUACUCCCCCUUGUUCUCCAGUACAACCUUCAAAACAGCUGGAAUAUUUAGCAAGGAUUCAAGGCUUUCAGGUGCACUACUGUGAUAGACAGAGUGGCAAAGAGUAUGUGACCUGUCUGACAUUAGCCCCUGUGCAGAUGACCUUCCAUGCUAUUGGAAGCUCCACUGAAGCCAGCCAUGACCAGGCAGCUUUAAGUGCCUUGAAACAAUUUUCUGAACAAGGACUGGAUUCAAUGGAAGGGGCAAUGAAUAUUGAAAAAGGUUCUCUUGAAAAACAAGCCCAGCAUCUGGGAGAGAAAGCGAACAAUAACCAGACACACCCGGGCUCCAUCGCUCAGGACUGCAAGAAAUCAAGGUCGGUCAUCUAGCAGCUCCCAUAACCGCGCUGCCACCGCGUCCUUAUAAACCUGUCAGCACGCAUGAGGGUGUCUGUGUUCAAGGAAAUGAAUGACUAAUACCAUGAUUUGAGUCUUAUGUGAAGACAACACUAUUCUAACACAAGAGAUAAUAGACAUAGGACUGUUUAUUCAACUGGGGGAAAAUAAAACUUUGAGCAUUUCCCUUGGAACUUGAGAUCAGAUCAUAACUCAUGUGCCCAGAGGCAGCAGAAAUCCGAUCCUGCUACUGGAGCUUAAAAUAACAAUUAAUGAAAAGUGUUAGAGAAAUUGGGUUUGAUUUUUCGAUGCUGAAUAGAGAAAUUGGGUUUGGUUCUGUUGUUAGGAUUGUUUUCUCGUGGCACUUGUGUUCGCUUCUCUCUCGUUUUAAAUAAUGCCUGACGAUUCCAAGAUUAACCAACGAUGUGCUGUGUGCAAUGUGAUGGUCGUUGUCUUCAUAUAGAGUCACCCCAGUUUCUCUUUCAAUGCAGAUAUUUGUAAGCUUCAUCCUAUAUCAAUAUGAAUAACUUCAGGGCGCACCACUCAAAGAUAUAUGCCAACAAACAUGGUGGAAAUCAGGUCAGACUUGUGAUGAUGCAUAUGAAAUAAGGGUAGGAACAACUGGUUUCAAUAGACGCCAGGAAUUCAGAAAGAAAACAAAAACCAGUUGUGGGUUUUGAACUCCAUCAUCCUAUUAGCCACUGAGGAGGCGUCUUGCCUCUCCAGCCAUUUAUGUGGAUUCCACGUUCGUGGUGGACAUCGCUCCCACCCCAUCCGUGUAUUGUAAGCCGCUCACUGUUUGCAUCCAAAGUGUUCUUUGAUAACUGCCUCUGCACUUGGGUCACGGAGUGGGAUCAAAAGCAGUGAUGUACAUGGUGGGGAAGGAAAGCCAGUCAGAGGAUCCAUAGAGGUCUUGCCAGCCAUGCUCUGGACCAGCAUGUUGGAAUCCAGGGUGAAGACAACGCAGUAAAAAAAAAUGU